AUGUAUGCCAUGAAAAGCUGCCUUGUUAAGCAGAAAGUGCGGCCUGCCCCGCUGCGCAACUGCACCCUGCGCUCCUCCAGCAACCAGAGCGCAGACGUGCUGGACGUGGAGUGCGUGGCGGGCUACGACGGCGGCCUGCGGCAGGCCUUCUACCUGGAGGCGUACGAGUCGCGCUCCAUGCGCCUGCGCCUCAACGUGACGAGCGUGGUGCCCGACGCCGCCGUCUUCCGCCUGGACCUGGCCGACCUGCUGCCGGCGCGCAACCCCACGCUGCACAUCGUCAUCUACGCCGCCAACCAGAAGGGCCGCAGCGAGGCCACCGUGCUCGAGGACAUCACGCUCAAGGACGCCGAGAAGCGCACAGUGAUGCGUGAAAAAGAAGAUAGCACUAUCCUAAAAGUCCAAACCUCCCAGCCUGUAAGACAUAGUUCUAUGUUGGAGAUAAAUCAUGGAGAACACAGGUAUGUUGUCUCGUACACUUUAAAGACCAGAACAGAAUGUGGAGACAGCGACGAAGGAGAAAGUUGCGUGAAUAGCGGUGGCAUUCAAACGGUGGAGCGCCAUCCAGAUAUUCUGAACCCUCCACAAGAAAUGUCACAACAGAGGUCGAAAACUCUCAUGCAGCCUUCAAGUGAUCCAGUAAGUUGCCAACCACCUGAUUAUUCUGGACACAUAUCUGGCCACAUGGGAUCAGAGUACUCACCAAGUUCUCCAGAUUCACUUUCUUCAGUGCCAUCUCGUAGAAGUCGAACAGCUGGAGGAAGAAUAACUUCUGCACCUUUGCCAUUUCCUAAUCCAGGAUCGAAUUUGACUUCAGUUAUGACAUCAACUCAAAGUUGUGCUCUAAAUGGAGGACUAAGAAAAGAACACAUUAUAUCCAAUACAAUUCCCGGACCUGAAAGUUGUGUAUGAAGAGCUUGAUAUGUCUGAAACAUCAAUUCACUGGAAGUGCUAGUUAAUAGUGUCUCAUGAAAAAUGGACCAAAUGAUAGUGUUAUCAGAACAUUGUAUAAAAAAUAAAUAAUUUUCAUGAGCUCAACAUUUUUUAUUUCAACAUAGUGAAAGUACAAAUAAUGCACAAAUGUAGUCUUCAAGGAAUACUAACAACUAGUGAGAAGAAAGAAUGGAACAUACUAUCAGUGAAAUUUGGUUACCAGUUAUUGAUAUAUAGUGUACUGUAAGAAAUAUUUCCAUGUGAAAUGCAAAG